AUGGGGGUGCCGGGGCCGGGGCCGCGGGCGCUGCGGGCCGGGCUGGCGCUGGGCGCCCUGGCGCUGCUGCUCCAGGGGCUGCGGGCCUGGCUCGCCGCCAAGCGCUACGAGUUCCAGGCGGCCGAGAUCGCCCAGCUCGCCCGGCACCACGCGGGGCUGGACCACGAACUGGCGUUCUCCAAGAUCAUCGUGGAGCUGCGGAAGAAGCACCCGGGCCACAUCCUGCCGGACGAGGACCUGCAGUGGGUGUUCGUGAACGCGGGCGGGUGGAUGGGCUCCAUGUGCCUCCUGCACGCCUCGCUCACCGAGUACGUGCUGCUCUUCGGCACCGCCGUCGACACCGGCGGCCACUCGGGUCGGUACUGGGCUGACAUCUCUGACACCGUCAUCUCGGGGACCUUCCGGCAGUGGAAAGAGGGAACCACCAAAAGUGAGAUCUACUAUCCAGGGGACACCAUCGUGCACCAGGCGGGAGAGGCCACGUCCGUGCAGUGGAGUGCGGGCACCUGGAUGGUGGAGUACGGCCGGGGCUUCAUCCCCUCCACGCUCGCCUUUGCCCUGGCUGACACCCUCUUCAGCACUCAGGACUUCGUCACUCUCUUUUACACCCUACGAGUCUACGCCAAGGGCCUGCUCUUGGAAGCCAAUGCCUUCUUUAGCACCAUGGCUUGCUGAGCCUGGCUCGCCACGGUGCUCUGCAACGCAGAGCUGGCUCCUUUUCUUCCAGUCUUCCUCCCUCCUCCCCUGCCUCCCUGGGACCAGGCUCUAGCAGAGAC